CGGAAACAUGUUUCAACGAAAUUGAAGUCUUGAAUCUUUGAUUCUGGAAACUCAAUUUCCAACAGUAACUAACAUAAAAAUAUCCAGUUAGGGUUCUAGCUGACUCUCCUCUUCAAAAUCUCAAUUCCCCUUGAAUCCAAAUCACUGAUGAGCAAGGCGGAGAAGCGACGCCACCACCACCACCCAUCUCCCCAACCCACUAAAAAACUUCACUCAGCUUUCCCUUCUACGCCCCCAAAGCGUCCCAUUUUCAACUCACACCUUCAAGUCCCAAACUUGCCCCCCCAAAUCAGACACCUCUGUGAUAUUAUUUCAAGCACCCCCUCCACUUCCGUAGAAAAAAUCCUUGACGAAACUGACCUCCGUGUUUCUCAAGAAACCGUCGAACAAGUCCUGAAACUCUCCUAUGCCCACCCUGGUCCCGCUGUCAAGUUCUUUCGCUGGUCAGGUUACCAAUUGAAUGACAAACAUAGCCCUUACGCUUGGAAUCUUGUUGUUGACUUGUUGGGUAAGAACUCACUCUUUGAUGCCAUGUGGGAUGCUAUUAAGUCUAUGAACAAAGAGGGUUUACUUUCUUUAGCUACUUUUGCUUCUGUUUUUAGUAGUUAUGUUAUUGCUGGUAAUGUUAGAGAUGCAAUUAUGACUUUUGAGGUUAUGGAACAGUAUGGUUGUAAGCAAGAUAUUAUUGCCUUGAAUUCGUUGUUGAGUGCUAUUUGUAGAGAUGGGGAAACUAUCGAUGCUGUUGAGUUCUUGCGUGUCGCUAAAGGUAGGAUUAGGCCAGAUGCUGAUACUUAUGCGAUAUUGUUAGAGGGGUGGGAGAAUCAAGGGGAUGUGGUUAAUGCUAGACAGACUUUUACAGAAAUGGUGGUUGAGAUUGGGUGGGAUCCGGCCAAUGUGCCUGCAUAUGGUUCAUUUUUGUGUACUUUGUUAAAGGGUCGUGAUGGGAUUUAUGAGGCAAUCAAUUCUUUUAAGACAUUGGCAGACAGGAGGUGUUAUCCGGGGAUGAAGUUUUUCAAGGUUGCACUAGAGAAGUGCCUUAAAAAUCAUGAUGUUAGAGGAGGUGAGUUAGUUUGGGAGGCAAUGAUAGGAUUAGGACGGAUUGGUCUUAGACCUGAUACUCUAAUUUAUAAUUCAAUGAUGACUUUAUAUUGUUAUUCUAAUGAUAUUGGUGCAGCAAUAAAGUUGUUGGAUGAAAUGGUUUACAAUGGGGCAUUUCCAGAUAUGCAAACGUAUAAUGUACUGUUUCAGUUCUUGAUUAAGUGUCGGAAGUUAAGGGAGGCUUCAGGGUUAUUCAAUGAGAUGGUUAAAAACGAGUGUGUUCUGAAUCAGGAAAACUGCUGUGCUGCCAUUAGGAUUUAUAUGGAUUCUGGGGACCCUUAUAUAGCUAUAAAAUUUUGGAAAUACAUGAUGGAAAAUUACCAUUCUGAUUUAUCUGAGACUGGUAAUUUGUUUGUUGUUGGGCUUUGUGAUAUGGAUAUGCAUCCAGAAGCAGUUAAGUAUGCCAAGGGUAUGAUUGAAAAAGGGAUCCAGUUGACACCUUCGUCAUUGUUGAAGUUGAAACAGUGCCUUGCCAAGGCAAGAAAGGUACUUGUGUAUGAAGAACUUUCAAGAAAGUGUCAAAGUGCAAACCUCAGUAGGUAGGUUAGACAUUUUUCUUUUCCUUAUAUGUUAAUAGCUGUGCUUAUGUUUUAACCUUAACAUUUUUGGUUUAGUAAGAAAAAAUUCUGAUAUACAAUUGAAUAACUGGUUACUCUUUUCUUCUAUAAUUUGAAAUACAUUUGUAAUAUUUAGAGGAGCGAGCAAUAUCAAUUUCUUUUUUGGGCUGAGAAGUGAAUAGGUUUGUUUUUCCCAUUUUCUUGUUGUAUCUUAAUUUCUAAUUUACGUUUGAGAAGUGGUACGAAGGUGUUCAACAUUUUGCUCUUGAACUCAAUUCUAUGUAGUCAUAUAAAGAAAAAAAAAAGGAAGGGAAUUGUUUAACAUUCCAGAUAACUCUUAUAUUAUAAACAAACCAAAUAUGGUGAG